UCUCAACUCUCUUCUUGUGUGUGUGUGUGAACUUGAAGGAGAAAGUGAGCAGAGGGCCUUUUGGGGGACCGGAGAAUCGUGGUGUGAAUUGUGAAGAUGGGAGUAGAAGAUACCACCCGUUAAGAACUGGAGUCUGUUUUGAUGUUGGGAAGACAAAACAUCCAAAGCGCAGAAAUCAUGGGAGCUGAAGAAGAAAUGCUCAUCACUCUGUCUGGAGGUGCCCCCUGGGGCUUCCGACUGCAAGGGGGUUCAGAGCAGAAAAGACCCCUUCAAGUGUCAAAGAUCCGAAAGAGAAGCAAAGCAUGCCGCGGAGGCCUGUGGGAAAAUGAUGUGCUAGUAUCUAUCAACGGGAAGUCAUGUGCUGGCCUCUCCCAUGCUACUGCCAUGCAGAUCAUUGACUCCUCCAAUGGCAUGCUCAACAUCCGUGUGAAAAGGAUAGUUGGUGGUGAUCAGACCGGCCCACGGAUCCAGCGCUCCCCUUCUCCAGGGCAGCGAGUGCUCUCCCCACCAUCCCCACUCAGCCCUCCGGCUCAGCUACUCAGCCCUGAACCAGCAGGAGCCCCAGCCACCGCACAGCCCUCACAGCCACGGAGGUUGCAGAGGCACCUGGAGAGCCUCACCUCCCCGCCGGACAGUGAAGCCUACUAUGGCGAGACAGACAGUGAUGCUGACAACGUGGCCCAGGAGAAGCACCGCCGGGCUCGCAAGAAAAGCCCACGCUCCCCGCCCGACAGCACCAACAGCAAGAUGGAUGCACCUCAAGAUGAGGUGUCCCUGUCCGAACAGAGUGGCUAUGAGAGCAUGCCGGAGGCUGCUGCGCAGGUGGGACCUGAGGUGGCCAGCUCUGUCGGGGUAGCCAAGAGGGAGAUUGCCUGCCCGCCUGGCAGCCGCACAGACACUCCAUUCUCAGAAAGUGAGGGACAGUUGCGGCCACCGUCGACAGAAGGACGGGAGCCUUCUCCAGAGGCGAUGCUCCUGCCCCAUGCCACCAAGGCUAUCCGAGCAGAACGCCAUCUCAUCCCCAUGGUGGGGCCAGUGGAGCACCCGGUUGAUGAAGACCUAACGACCACAUAUGUGGAGAAAGCCAAGCAGGCCAAGCUCCACCGCCACGAGAGCAUCCAAGAGAAGAACGUGAAAGAAGCCAAAACCAAGUGCAGAACCAUUGCAUCCCUGCUGACAGACGCACCCAACCCCCACUCCAAGGGGGUGCUGAUGUUCAAGAAGCGCAGGCAGAGGGCUAAGAAAUAUACAUUGGUAAGCUUUGGGAGUGUCGACGAAGACCGCUCCUACGAGGAGGAAGACGGAGUUUUUCCAACUAGUGAGUCUGAAUUUGAUGAGGAAGGUUUCUCUGAUGCCCGAAGCCUAACUAAUCACUCGGACUGGGACAACACUUACCUGGACAUUGAAAAGGCCAAGUCUGACUCUGAACAGAAGGAAGAGAAGCAAAAAGGUUUGAGUGAAGCCUCAGGUAAAGGAGCACGAUUAUUUGAGCAGCAGAGGGAACGGGCUGGGAAGUACACAGUCGAGAAAGUCCCAGCGCAGAAGGGCUCCCAGCUUGCCCCAGCUGCCCAGCCACAGCAGGGCACGGUGAACGGAGACAUGCCUGUGCCACAGAAGGCAGACAGCGUGCCCCUCAGCAUCCACCUGGAAGGCGUGCAAGUGCCCAGCAAGCAGCCAGCCAUCCUCCCCGCUCAGCUCCUGGCACCCCCUAGCCCCACUUUCUUCCUGCCUCCCCCAAGCACCCCAGACCCCUUCUCCGCAAGCACAACGAGCAUGUUCAAUAGGUCUGCACGGCCCUUUACUCCUGGCUUUUCUGGCCAACGCCCAGCAACAUCCUCUGUCAUCUUCAGGCCAUCUGCACCCAAAAAAACUAGUGAAAGUCUGGGUGGGCAAAGCACAGCGGUUCCCACUGUCUCGCCUCUGGCUCCAGGAACACCUGCCAAUGCACCAGUGCCAACACACCGCAGUCCAGUCAGCUCCUCCACAUCUCUGUAUAUUCCUGCACCAGGAAGGCCAACAACACCACUAGAGUCACAGCCAAAAGGGGGAGGAAGUGCUCCAGAAACUAAGCCUUCUGCCAACACUGCCCGGACAUCCACCACCUCUAUCUUUCUGUCAAGUCCCUCAAAGCCAGGAGGGGAGGUGGCCUCCGCAGCAUCCCAGCCACAAGUCCCUGGAACAGCCUCUUCUUCUUUGUAUAUUAGUCCAGCACCUUCACAGCACACAAUAAGCAGUUCCCCCAUGCCAAAGCAGCCUUCUCCUGCUGUCUCACCAGCAAUGCCACGAGCUCCUUCUGAAACCUUAACCUCCAGGGAGCAGAGGAUUGCUGUGCCGGCACCCCGCACAGGCAUUCUGCAGGAGGCUCGCCGGCGGGGCAACAAGAAACCCAUGUUCAGCAAGAUUGAGGAGAAGAAGAAGAAUUCACCCAACCCUGAGCUCCUGUCUCUGGUGCAGAACCUGGAUGAGAAACCGAAAGGUGACCACCCCGGGGCAGGCUUUGAGUCUGGACCUGAGGAGGACUUCCUCAGCCUGGGUGCUGAGGCCUGCAACUUCAUGCAGUCCUCCGGCCGCAAGUUCAAGACCCCACCUCCAGUGGCUCCUAAGCCUCAGCAGCAAGGUGCUGGACUGGUAAAUGGGGCCCAGGACAUGCCUCAGCUUAAAGGCAAGGGGGCAGAGCUCUUUGCCAAACGCCAGAGCCGCAUGGACAAAUUUGUGGUGGAGACAACACCGAAGCCAGAGUCCAAGCCCAGGACCCCCUCUCCUUCCCCUUCUCUGCCCUCAUCCUGGAAAUACUCACCCAACAUCCGGGCUCCCCCUCCAAUAGCUUACAACCCAAUGCAUUCUCCUUUCUAUCCCCUGGCGGCCAGCAAAUCUCAGGCUAGCAAAGCAGAGAGCAAGGUGAAAAAGGCACCUGGCCAGAAAUCAGGGAUCAAGGUCAUUGAUUUAAUGCACCACCAGCCCUAUCAAUUAAAGUCAGCCAUGUUCUGUUUUGGGGAUCCCCCAAGCCCCAGCAUUCAGGAGUCUCCUGGUCAGCCAGCCCCGCAGGCUAGCUCAUCCUUCACGGCAGCCAAGCAGGUCCCCGUGAAAACAGCCAAGACCCAGGAGAUUCGUCGCUUCUCCACUCCGGCUCCCAUGCCAGCCUCCAGCAGCCUGGCACCCACCGUGCUUGUGCCCCGCUCAGCUACCACAUUGGAUGAGCCAGUGUGGAGAACAGAAACGGCCUCUUCUGCCCCUGCUACACCGGCGCCCUUCCAGGUGGAGCUCAGCCAGUCCCCUAAGCCAUACCAGAGCUCCCCAGAGCCUGGUCCGGCAGGCCAGGGGCCUUCUCCAAACCCAGCCUUGGCCUCUCGGUUUCAGGUGGCCAGGCCCAAAUUCUCAGCAGCAAGAACAGGGAUGCAGGCCAAUGUGUGGAGGCCGAGCUUUGGCCACCACUGAGGCAGGCACCCCUCCCAUCCCGUCCGUGGCCCCGCAGAGGUAGUGCUCAUUUUGUUUUUCAUGUCAGCUCAGUACAUUGGGAUGAGUGACACAAAAUGAAGAAAAGAGAAAAAAAAAAUUAUGCCCCUUCUGCACCACCCUCUCCCCCAGCCUCCCCUAGGUCUGAGAUGGGCAGCUUCAUGGCAAGGCUUACUGGCUGUGGCUACAGCAGGAAGAAGAAUGUGGAGAGAGGGCGCGUGUGUGGUACACAGAGACUGGGAACUUGCACGCAGCAGCAAAACCCACCUCUGGAGGGGGUGAAUGGCAGGGGUUGUCUCACGUGAGGACUUGUAGGUGGUAGUGACUUUCCUUUGCCAAGGUCUUUGGAGUCACACCUGAAUGGAGGGAGACUGGGGGGCAAGAGCUUUCCAGGAAGAAAGGGUCAGAGGUGGGAUUGCAGUACAGAAGCCCUAGCUUCCCCAUUAGACUGCUUUUCUCUGAGCCUGUCGGUCUGUACAUACGCACCUGUGUGCGCACACACACAUGCACACAGCAGCACUCAGCAGGGAGUGAAAGUAGAAGUGGGCCUUUGCCUUGGACACUUCUCCCGGACUCCCCUCUGGAGGGGCAUGGGAAAGGAGGCGAGAGAGCAGAGUGAGCAGGGGUGUUUGCGCAUGCACGCAUGGGCAGUGUGCCCUGCACAGGAGGGUGGCCGUGUGUGCCCAUUCCUCCAGUUACCAGGGCUGGGAGUAAAAGGGAGAGUCAUUCUAGCUGGUGCUAGACAUGGCUAUCAGGUCUGGGAGCAGUUUGCCAAAGAGGGGUGUUGAAUGGACUUGAUGGGGCUAUCACAAGCUGGAGGAACCGCAGAAGGAAGUAUCAAUUUUUCAGGAUACACAAAGUCAAAGCUAAGCUCAGGCAGUGGCUGGUUGGUGCAAGGAAGGUCAUGCAGUUUUAGUCCCACUGGAACAGGAUACAGAUGCUGUAAGUACAACGGAGGAUUGUGUGGAAGAAGGUACAAUUGGCUUUAAAAGGAGACAGGACUGAAUAUGCAUUUGCACAUCAUCUUUUUGUUUAGUUUAGGACAGAAGUGUGGCUAGAUUGGCAAUGGGCCAUGACAUAAAACUUGCUGAAAACUCUGUGAUGAGCUGGAAAAUGGAGCCCCUUUACAGACGCUCUCAGUAUGGAAAUGGAGGACAGAGAAACAGAAAGUCACAAGUAGAAUUUCAUACUAAAUGAUUUAAGUAUCCUUGGGGUCUACUUGGUAAGAACUGAAGUGCUCUGAGCAUCCCAGACGAUCUGCACUCUCACACACAUACAGAGCUCAGUUUGCUGGCGAUGCUGGGGAAACAGAACUGGUUAUUCCUCAAAUGUCCCAGGCUAGCCUUAAUCCCUACAGUAAAGGCAUGCAAGAAUAAAGCAUUCCCUUUCCCAAGGAAGAAUUCAGGAUAUUAGUAGGGACUGUGCAUGUGUGUGUGUGUGUCAUUUGUGCUCUGGUUUGCACACACACCUGCCAUUUGCUUUCUGCCUGUGCUCCCUUUUGCAGCAGCCACUUUUACAGUGUGAUCCCACAAGUACACCAAGAAAGCAUUGCUCCUGAAGCACUAGCUCACAAACACAGCAGAUGCCCCAGCUGCAGGGAAGGGGCUUGCCACCUCUUCCUGAGCAGGGGUUGCCCACCAUUUUGCUAGACCAUCAGGAAUGAGUACUGGAGGCAGAAUGAAGGUCUCAUAGCUCUGCUUGAGACAUGUCUCCAUCUCAUUAGACUUGCUCCUCUCCUUCAAGCAGAAGCCAUUCUCUGACUGGACUGAGCACAAACUUUGGAUGUACAAAACUGUAGGUUCUGGGGAGAAAAAAAGGCAUGCAAAUGGGGCUGAUGGCAAGUCUGUAAGCAGUGCAGCUAGUAUGGUUUCACACUAAGGCCAAGCCAACCUUCCUCCGCACAGCUGGAGCUUACAAUCCGUAGCUCUUUUCACGAAAGCUGGGGGCUCUACUUUUUGUUGGAGGCUCUAAAGUGCUUCUCUGUGAGCACCUGGAGAUUUUGCAUGUGUGCUCUCCCACAAAGAAAAAGAAGGCUGGAGAGCCUAGCUAACAUCUCUAGCCCCAGACAAGCUUGGGAGGGAGAGAAUGAGAGAAAAGGAAAAGUAAUACACAGUCCUGCUUUUGAAUCCUUCACACUCUGGCUGGGCUUGUUCCGCAGGCCUGUGUUUGCAGUGCACGUUCCUGGGGGCCCUGAAACAUAGGAUGAGCAUGCUGAGGAGGGAGGAGGACAGCACUUACACCUCACUUGGCAGACUAUCAGCCAUGGGAGAGGACAGAGAGAAGACUUUUGGGAAUGCCUUGAGUUAAUGAGCAAAGGGGUGGCUGAGCCAGAAGAGGUGCUGCACCUGGUUGUAUGACAUAAGGAGCAGCCGAUCUGAACUGAUGAGGUGAUUGUAUGUGUUCCUGGAAAGCCCCAGAGGGGAGGUCUUAGGACAAGUUGUCACCACGGAGUUAACUCAGAUCACCAGAAUCCACUUAGCUCUGGUGUAGGGGAGCAGCCAUGCUACAAAACUUAACCUGGAUGAUUGCUUUCUCACUCAUCCUCUGCAGCAUUGCAUUGCCAGUGUUUCUGGAAAAAAAUCCUGUGUGCUGUAGCAAGCUGAACCUCUGUGAUUCUUCCCAAACAUGGAAGGAGGAGUCUUCUAUUCUUCUAGGAAAGCUGUGGGAAGGAACUCAAGGACUAGCAUUGCUCCAAAGGCUUCGUGUCUAGCCUCCUUGUGGAGUGCUGUCUGUCACUGGCUAGUGAUUUUAGCCACUAGCCUUAGACAGAUAAGCUAGCUGAGGUUGAGAGCAUUACUGAACUCAGGUGUAGAGAGGGGUUGUGUGGACCAGCGAGAGGAUGCUCAAGAUAAUUAUACAGUGAAGAAAUAACCUCAGAAAGUCUGAAUCUUACUCCAGUGUCCCUUUCCCUCAGGCCCCUAAAGGUAAGUGCUCUCAGGGCCUGAGUGUCUCAGGAAAUUCAUUUUACCACUGGAAAAAAGAGAGGUCUGGCCUUAGCAUGUAUGGGAGAUUGCAUGUGGUUAGUAUUUCAGUGGUCCCACUCCAGAUUUCUGGCAGACACUGAUGCAAGCCAAGGAGUGAUGGCCAAACACUGUUGAAUGUUAGAUGUCAGGACCCAAGUGAGUGGAAUAACUGCAUUAGGCCCAUCGUUUCUGAUACUGUAAUGGGCAGGAGAUGAAAAAAGUUAGGUCUCAUUGGAGAGUGAAUAUUAAACAUCAGAGCAAGGAAAAGAACCAGGAGGCUAGGGAUCCUGCAUUUCAUUUCUAACAUCCUUGGUUCAAAGCUACGUUUAGAAGCAAAGCCGAAGUAGUUUGAUGGAUCUCAGCCCCUCCUGAUCUUUUCUGCAUCCUAUGCUGACACAGGACUUGAUCUGCAGAAGCAGAGGGUGUUGCAGAUGAGGCCUACAGUGCUUGUGGCAUAUCCCAAAUAAGGUCUGUGUCUGCAAGUAGUGUGAGAUGAGAAAUAAUACUGAGACGCAUCUGCUAAGCUAUAAGGAAGAAACCUGCACUACUGCUGGCUUCAUGCCGCUCUGCUAGUAUCUGCUCAUGAAAAUAUUGUGGCUGGCCUGUUAGAAAGGUCACAGGUGAGGUUACGAGGAAUACUUUUGAAUCGUAUAAGUUUGUCUUGAGCCUGUCCAAAUUUCUAAUUCCUCAGCUGUUGAACAAGCACAGACAUAAACAGUUAUUUGACAAGUUUUAGCUCCCACCUGCUAAGGUAUAAGCUGCAGUGGUAGGCCGAACCCCAGUGUCCCCUUGUUAAGCAUUUGAAGAUGUCUGCUUGGGCUCUGAUUUAAAACUGCCUAUCAUCCCUCUUCUCUAGCAUGCUGCAGGUUACACAUUGCAGCUAUGGCAAUUCUGGGGGUUGAUCUUUGCUUCAGAAGUAUCAGUCCUUUCCCUCUGAAUAUAUGGGAACAGUUGCCAAAGAUAACCUCAAGAUCCUGCAGCAGCUGAGAGGAACAAUCUCGGAAGAGACUGGUGUGAUGAGGAGUCACUGAUCGCCAGACAUGAGCACAGUGCAAGCCAAGAUUGUCCCUCGGAAAGAAUAUGGUCCCUUUCUGCUAUAAUAUCCAGCAUCCCCUACCAGACCCUCUUCCUAGAAGAGACUCAUCAGUGCUCUGAAAAUGGCAGCCCAGCAGCAGUGCUCUAUCUGGUGGAAGAUGUGACCCAAGAAGAACAGAGUUGGCAUCUUUGUUUAUGGAAAUACUUUUUUUGUUUUCUGUUUUGUCUUUUCUUUUUUUUCCCCAAUUUACAGUCACUUUCUAUUUGUUUGUGCAGAAGAAUAAACUUGUGAUACGCACUUUA